AUGACAAUGACAUUGUCUAUCGCUCUCUUGCCGGCAAUUGGGAGAAAUGAAUAUGUCCAAAAACUGGGUCAGUAUAUGGUGGUUAUGAAAACUGCCAAACAUCUGAAUGGUGACCAGGAACUGCAGAGAAUUUUUCAACACGCCUACGAGCAUAGGAUUCUCGAUAUUACAGUGGUCAUGUACCGGAAGCGGUUUAUUUUCGCAUUAUACACCUAUGAUGUUUUUCAUCCGUCAAAUUGUCGACAUGUGGUUAUACAAAAAUUUAACACAUUUGAGGGCGGCCAUUUGACAAGUGGCGACAUUUUCCCCAUAAAGUUACAAAAUUUACAUAAAUGUCCCAUUGAUGUUUUUGUGCAUCUAACCGAACCAUAUUUCAAUUAUUCCCUCGAUGUCGUUAAUGGGGAAUUAACAAAUUUUUGGGGUUUGGAGGCAUGGAUUUUGAGAAUCAUGGCGAAAAAGCUUAACUUCAAAUUACGGCUGCAACAGUCGAGAGGCGCAACCAUUGGCCUUGUAUUCGAAAAUGGUACUAUAACAGGUCCAUUCCUGGCAAUGACCCAGGGAAAAAUUGAUGUACUUGUGGGCUAUUAUCAUUCUAGGGUUCGGGCUAGUAGGUUUGGCGUGAGCAUGCCGUAUUUACUAACACCAUUGGUGUUGGUGAUACCCAAGCGAGAGAAACGCACUUUCGAAGGUGGAUGGCUGUUGGUUCCAUUCCAAAAUGAUGUUUGGCUGCUGCUCUUAGUCUCCCUGAUGUUUGGAUUAACAACAUUCCUGGUGCUUCGUUACACUCUAAACAAUGCUGCUGUGGCUCAAAACUCAUGGUUGGAUGUGGUAGGCCUGGCUUUGGGCAGUUCCCGAAACAUCCGCUAUCAUAGCAUGGGUACAAAAUAUUUUGUUAUGCUAUGGACUUUUGGAUUUGUCAUUGUGUGGGGUGCAUUUCAGGGUAAAUUGUAUGGAGCCUUUCAUAUUGAUGUGGUCCCGCCAGCCCAUACAGUGGAGAAUUUAGUAGCGGACAACUAUACAUUCCACAUUCGAAGGUAUUUCCGAGGAGAUUUGAUAGAAGCUUUAAACAUUCCCCCAACACAAAUCGUAUUCACAGACGUUUCCGAAACUCAGAGUGAUUUUAUGGCCCAACUCCAAGCUCCACAUCCAUCAGGAACCGCUGGGCCUAUUUUCACAAUUCCCGUAAAACGAUAA